AUGAUUACUUCAAUAUUUUAUACAUAUAUAGAUACAUAUAUAUAUAUAUACUUUGCAGGAGAACUUGUCGAUCUUGUUUUUCGUAUUUUUGGCUAUUUGCUCAAAGCCCCCACUCUCGAUACACUAAAAAUUGAGGAGUUGGAAAGUCUGAUUGGUUGUUUGCUCAGCGUUGGUUAUGACCUCGAAAGACAAUGUCCCGAACAAUUAGCCAUUUUGAAGGAUCUCAUCCGAGAUGCUUUUAUUGAGGUACAAGAACCAUGGGCACGUAAAAUGAUUCUUUUACUGAUGGAACUAGGAGCAAGCGGAUGGAAACUUCCACCAGAAGCAAACGAAUAUUACUUCCAGCAUACCAAUUCAUAAAUGAUUUCAUCAAAAUUAUCAUUCAUUAUCAAUUACAUAUGUUUUGGAUGCAUUUCAUCUUAGUAUGGGAGAAGCAUUAAUUAAUUAAUUCAUACAUUGUCAUCAUGCUUUUUUUUUUUUUUUUUUGUAUCCUUGCAAAAUGAAAACAAUUCAUCGGAAAUUAU